AUGAGUCUUGCUACACCCGCGCCCACAUUCACGCCCACCGUGGAAGAGUUUAGUGACCCUAUCAGAUAUAUCAGUAAAGUUUCCGGUGUUGCACGAAGUUACGGUAUAUUCAAAAUACGGCCUCCACAGAGUUGGCGCCCUCCAUUCUGUGCAAACCCGAGCGCAACAUUCACACCCAGAAUACAAAACCUCUCCGACUUGCAUGCGUUCAAUAGGGUUCGCACAGAAUUUACUACAUCACUUGUAAACUUCUGGGAAGCACAAAAUGUGAAAUUGUUUGCACCAUUUGUGAAAAGGAAGCUUCUUGAUCUUUAUCAGCUGUGGAAGUGUGUUCAGUCAAAAGGAGGUUUUGAGUCUGUGUGUGAGCAAAAGCUGUGGACAUGUGUGAGCCAGCAACUUGGGUUCGGCUCAAUUCCGUCGCAUGCAGCUGUCAUUUGUUCAAAGUACAAGCGAAUAUUGUAUCCCUAUGAUCGGUUUUUGGAACAACGAAAGAUGUAUGAGGAGGGAAAGUCAGCUGGUUCAGACAAGCCCAUUAGGAACGUUCCGAUUCAGAAGAAACGGCUUAAGCGCCGAAACCCCGUUUGCAUGGUCUGCAGGACUUCGAAGGACGAAGAUCGAUUACUUUUGUGUGACGGUUGUGACAGUCUUGGUAUCUGUCAUACAUAUUGCCUCCAGCCACCCUUGUCAGACAUUCCUAAAGGCGAUUGGUUUUGUCCCAGUUGUGUUGCCAAAAGAUUUAGGAGGCUGCAUCAUGAUGAAGCUUUUGGUUUCAGUUAUUCGGAUAGGCGUCGCACCCUAGCAAAGUUUGGAAACUUCGCCGAUGAAUUCAAGUCAAAGCAUUUCGGAAAACCUGCACACUUGAUUUCUCUAGACGAAGUGGAAAAAGAAUUUUGGCGAAUUAUGAGCUGCCAAAAUAGUGGUAUUACUGUUGAGUACGGAGCAGACUUGAACGCGCGCGAUUUUGGUUCUGGAUUUCCGUACAAAGGAGACCGUCAGAAUGCAGAAAGAAAGAAAUACGCUGAAUCUCCAUGGAAUUUGAAUAAUUUGCCGGUCAAUGAUCUUUCGGCGCUGCGCUUUCUGCCGUCUGAUAUAUCAGGCAUGAUUAUACCCUGGUGCUAUGUUGGGAUGGUGUUUUCUUGCUUCUGCUGGCACAUUGAGGACCAUUGGAGCUAUUCAAUAAACUACCUACACUCUGGUUCUCCGAAGACCUGGUACGGAGUACCUACUGCCUCGGCGGAUUCGUUCGAGGCUGCAAUGCGCGCCGAAGUACCAGAAUUAUUUGAGUCGUCACCAGAUCUUCUACAUCACAUGACAACCAUGCUACCGCCCGACCGACUAACGGCCCAUGGCGUGCCAGUUUAUAAGCUGGAUCAAUGCGCUGGGGAAUUUGUGGUAACAUUUCCGCGAGCCUACCAUGCUGGAUUCAAUCAGGGAUUCAACUUCGCCGAGGCAGUUAAUUUUUGCCCCGCGGAUUGGUUUGAGAUGGGACAAUAUUGCAUUGAACAUUACGCCGUGGUUCAUCGAGCGCCGGUCUUCUCCCAUGCAGAGCUUUUGUGUCGAAUGGCUGAAUCAACCGAACCGCUAAGCGUCGACUUUCUAACCGUGGUUACCAAGCAACUGAAGGAACUUUUGGCGACAGAACGAAGCCUUCGACGUCAUGUGGCACGACUGGGUGUCCGUCGUGCGGAACGCCUUGUCUUCGAGAACUCGGAAGACGAUAAGCGGGAGUGUGAUUUGUGCCACACAACGCUUUAUUUAUCUGCUCUUGCUUGCAAGUGCAGUCCAUCAAUGGUCUGUCUCGCUCAUCACCAAGCACGCACUUGCUGCCCACACGAGGAACAGAUUAUGCGCUAUCGUUACGGUCUGGAUGAGUUGUCUGAGUCUAUUGAUAAAUUGGAAGGACAACUGGAGGAGUACCGUCGUUGGAAAGUCGAUGUAGAGAGAAUAACUCAAUGGUCGAUCUCGUUUUUACCGGAUAAUAACCCUCUGUCCAACUCACUUCAAAGUUCCCCAACUCAGGAUGAAGCUGACCGUGGAGGUUUGGAUGAGGCUGGACGAAUUGGCGCAGGUCGGACCGACGGAAUAUCAGAGGAUUCGGCUCCGUCGGACGAACCCAAACCUCCUAUCGUAGGGUGUUUAGUCUCUGAUUCGCGUGAGGAUGUACAAAGUCAGUCUGAGGAAUUCCAAAAACCUAGCAUGAACCAGUUGUCUAAGCUAAUCGAGGUUGGCCAGGCACGAAAAUACCCACCCGCGGACAUUGACCCCCUGUUGAAUCUUUCACUGUUCAUCAGGGAAUGUUCUGAACUUUUGCAUAAUAUACUCCGUACUCAUGGACGUGCAAUAGAGGAUGGGUGUGUCAUAUCGAAGGUCGACGUGACAGACAGCGGCUGCAGCAGCAGCAGUCUUGUUGACGAUGGGUCAUCAGACACUGAUGCUUCCAUGGCGUCCGAUGUAGAAUCCAGUGAGAGCACGAUUGCUCCUCCUCAUUUGUCCUUUGUCACUGAUUAUUCGGCAACGGUUGGCAAAACGUCUGCAUCACCUAAGCCAGAGGCUGGGAGAUCUCCGAAGAAAACCGCACUGUGUGCUGGUAGAAAGAGGAGCUCAAAGCUCUCCUUGGAUGAGUUUUACGAGCUUAUUCAGGUCGCCUCGAAAAUAAGAGUUUUUCUACCUGAACUGGACCAACUGGAGACGUUGGGUGCUUGGAUAACCGAUUGGAGAAGUCGUGCCAGCAAAGUCAUUCAACAGUGCAAUGCCCCCGCAUUGUCUGACACCGAAGAGACGGAUGUACCAACUGUGAAUGCUGUGAAGCAGUUGUUAGAUCAGGCUGAAACGAUCCACAUGGAAUUGCCGGAAACGGUAUAUCUGAAAAGAGUAUAUGACUGCUUGGCAUGGAAGGAACAGGUCGAAACCACAUUGGCAUGCAGCAAUAAAGAAACGUCAAGCAAUGAUGAGACAGCUCCAUUGAACAAGCCAUCACUGACAGAUUUGUGCGACCUCCAGUUUCACGGGGACCUGAUAUCAGCCACCAUUGCCUAUGUCAAGACACCAGAUUCUAUGAAACUCGAGGAUGACACUCCGGAUGCGCUGCCGUCGCCGACGUUUCCGGAUAAGUCAAGGUUGGAUGUUGUUCUGAUCAACACCAGUCGGCACCUGUUGGGCAUAAUCAAAAGUGCAAAGGUCAUUGAGGAUCGACUGAUUGCAAUACAAAAUUCCAAAUCUGGAUCCUUAUCUGUUGAUGAUGUCCUAUCGGAAAUCGCUGAAGCGGAAACUUUACCCGCCCAGCUACCGAUUAUCGCGGACAUUCGAUCUAUGUGUGUUCGGGCGAAACAGUUGGAGGUUCAGUUUAAACAAAUGGAGAGACUACUGAUCGCUGUUCCUCCUGGACAGCCCUUCCCGCCUGUCGCCAUUUCAGAGGAUUUGUACGAGAAGCUCCGCAUGGGCACCGUGGAUUGUAGUGCAGAGACUUGGAAGGCCUGCGCACAAAGUUUAUUAGAUGUGGAACACCCAUUCCCGCUAAACUGUCCUCAUUUCCAGCAUGUAACCGAGAUGUUGAAUAUCCUCGUUCAGUUUCGGGACAGAUUAACCCGUCUGUUUCUGUGGCCUCAGUCAAAAAUGCACUUAUUGGAGGUCCUACUACCACGUAGCGUCCGUUCAAUAGAAAUGCUCCUAGAACUGGAUAAUGCUCGUUCCUCAGAUUCAUCAUGGAGCACCUACACAAAGCGUGGCUCUCGCAGUGCAUCGCUAAACGCGACCACAUAUUGGACAUUAUCUAAGGAAAACGCUCGCUCAUUUGCAGAAGCCGACGUGACCUGUUCCAAUGCUUCUCAGUUGUACCGAUCAGUCUACUCUGCCUUCAUCGAUUCGGAAUUAAACUUAAUGCAUCAUUUGCGAUGUUCCAACGCUUUCAAAUCCAAAUCCAAAGCACAAAAUUCAGUCACUUACUGCAUCUGCAGGAAGACUGGGUUUUCCGGUUUCAUGGUUCAGUGCGAGCUGUGUAGAGACUGGUUCCAUGGACGUUGUGUUCUCCCUCCAAAUAUGAAGGAAUCGGAAACAGACCGCCUGCGCUACAUGUGCCCCAGAUGUGAACGGUCCAUGCGUCCCGACUUGACGCAUGUGCAUGCGUUAUUGGACGAUUUGGUACGUAUUCUGCCCAUUGAGGCAACUACACAACCCACUCCCACAUCGGCUUCUACUCGGCGUCCAUUUUGUCUCCCUCGAUUACCGGAGUUCGUCGCACUACAAAUGCUGUGUGAACGGGCUGUUUCAUUUGUGCGCCGCUUGCGCAAUGUAAUACAGUCUACACCCGAGUUGUCACAAGCCGUUUGUAAAUACGAACAGUUUUCUGGUCUCAAAAUGCCCUUGUUUGGUUUCGUCGAAGAGGACGGUCAGCUCACCAAGUUGGAUGAAGCAGUAUCAAGUGAUACGAGCCAGUUACUGGGUCACCCGAUACGGACCUAUCAAUCGGCAACAAAGGCGACCGGUUCCAGGGAUAGUCAACCUCGCCGUCUGUUGUCUGGCUUGACACGGCCAGCCCGAACAACAGUUGAUUCGAAUGCGUUAGCUGAGGAAUCUGAGACGCCAUCAAGUGCUGGGGUCAUUUCACCUGAACGCUGUUGGAAAGCUGCUUCUCACAAGGAAUCUGCCGGCAACCUCACCAGCGAAGUGGCCGCUAUGACGGCUGGAUACAUGGCUUCAAGGUCGCGUACGGACUCUCAAGGCCCGGUUAGCCAAAAGACAAUCUGUUCGCUGCAGACGCAGGCUGAACGCCGAAUGCUCAUGGAGGGUCCAAGUUCACUGCAGAAGGCCGGCCCUCGAUCGAAUGCCCUAGGUGAUCCGACUUUGGUACCUCGUACUUACGAUCGUCGUUCUCCAUCUACAAGUUUGGUCACUCCCAAAGUACGUCCAUCUGCUACUGACCAGGCAAAAUACUUCUUUUGUCCACUCGCACCGGAAACACGUCAAAUUCUAGAGAAUCUAAUGAUGGAAGCUAGUCUUCUGGAAGUGAGUAUACCACAAACUCGCUGGCUGUGGCAACUUCACCUGGCAUCCGAUCCGGAGACGCCAAUUGGGGCAACACGACCUUACGUGGCUAGAAGAGAUGAACUUCGCUGGAAACGACGUCGAUUUCGACACCAAAGGCUCAUUAGACCGCCUUUCAUCUCCGCUCGUCAGGAGCGGCGGAAACGCCCACAACCUCCAGCCGACGAUACUACGCUUCAAUCUGGUGAAGGAAGCAGCAAUUCAGCAGAUAGUGAAUGUUCUGCCACUUCCAGUCCGGCAACCAUUCGUGAGGGAAAACACAUGCGUACCAAAGAUGGGGUUACCUCGGAACGGAGUCGGAGUUCAUCUGUGUCGAGUUUGAGUGCUGACCAGUCUACCAAACGAUCAGCUAAACCAAGAACGUUUCGCCGGAAUUUAUCCAGUGGUAUUUCCGAAAACCAAGAAAAUCCCUCGUCCAGACUAUCACAAACCGUCCACCGGAGACUACUCAACCGCGUAACUCGUGUCGGCUCCGCUCCUUCACGAUCCCGUUUGAGCAAGCAAGUGGGAGGUAGCUCCCGCUAUAUGUACGGAUCGACGACCUAUCGGCGGCGUUUACCUGUCACUAACAAACAGCCUGGAAAAACGUCAAAAGAAUCUAAUCCUUUUUCACCCUCUCGACCAAAUCUGAAAGUCCAGAGGAAUCGGCCUACUCACCGCUCUGUGACUACCCAACAUUCUCCGAACAGAGGCCGACCGUCCGUAGAUGUCCCGGAAGCCCGGACAUCGUCUUCUCACAGCGUCUCACACAAAUCUCACGCUCAGAAGCGGAGAGUAGCACCAUUUAAUUCGAACAAUUCAAGCCGUCGACUAAAGGGACGCCGCAUUGCUGAGCCUGGUGAUGUCCCGAAAAAACGGAAUGCUUCAAGCGCAGACGAAGAUGAAUGUGCCGCUGCUGUUUGCCAAAACCCACGUGGUGGCACGGUCGAAUGGAUUGCUUGCGAUAGUUGUGAACGUUGGUUCCACCAACUGUGUGUUGGUAUUCGCCACAAAAGCCAAGUCCCAAAGGAGUAUGCUUGUGCUCGGUGCCUCCAACGUUAUCAAGCACGUUUAGCACGUAUAAGAUACAAACAGCGUGCCCGUCUGGGUCGUCCUCACGUAACAGACCGAUCAUCUGUGGAAGAACAUCAUACAGCAUCCAUGCGAAUGCGCCAAUUUCCCAGGCGUCGCUCACUUUUGGAAAGUUGUUCUAUCCAGCGUCCGAUUGGUUGGAAUUCUUCUAGUCGUCCGGUUGGCUUUACCUCUUCUGAGAAUGCUUUCCACGAAGGUAAUGUCACAUCUACCAAUUCCGCUGCUACUGCUGUCGAAGCCAGUUCCGAAGGGGCCAGCAUGGAAACUGAUGGCGUUCAGAUUGAUCCUUGGGCCGACUACUCUCCAGACUCGGACACAGAAUUGACGGCUCACGGCAGUUCGGUUUCGGAACACAACGUGGAAGAUGCUGUCCAGCCAUUUUCCUUCCAGACGGAGCAGUAUGUACGUGCGUCCGAAGUUCAAGCCCCUUGUCAUCUUGAUUCAAAGAAUCCCACAGAAAUUCUCCUGGAAGCUAUCGAGGUGGUCAAUGCUUCUGGAGGCUCGGUCGCUCCCGCAUCUAGUGACAUAUUUUCGGGACCGACCGCAUAAUUUGUUGUUCGGUCGACGAUACAACGCGUUUUGUACAGUUCCGUUGUGACUGCCAUUACAAAUGCUAGUACUACUACAAAUGAAAAGAAGCUGGCUUAUCUGUAUAUUACAUCCGUUUAGCCCCUUUCUUGUGUACACAUGUUCUCUCCCUGAACACUGUGGUUAUUACAGUGUUGUGGAGUGAACUGUCAUCCUGUUUUUUCCUAUUAUUUUACAACUCUGGAUUCGAUAAUAUGUACGGACAUCUCUUCGGUAUUAAUACUUCGCAGUCUGUUACAUACCACCUUUUAACUUCCUAAAAGUUGAGUUUUUAAUCGCUCGAAAGUACGUCACUGGAUCGAUUCUGUUGGGCUUG